AUGUCGUCCUAUCUCGAGAAGCAGCAGGCAGCCUUCAAGACCAACGUCACCUCUGCAUCGUCCAAAAUCACUGCCAAGCGCACCAGUCUCGUUCCACCUGCCGAAGCACCCUCGCCAGCACCGUCAAACACGUCGAAUACAUCCAAGACAGAGAAGGAAACCAAGCGCAAGCGAGAGGUCCAACAAAAUGUCGUUUAUUCACAGCCUGCCGUAACUGGCUAUGGCACGGAAGCUUUCACCCAAGUCACCUACGUUAUCGACUUUCUCAAGAAGAAGGACGAGCCGAAGACAUUUCAAGAGAUUUUGAUGUACCUCAGCCAAGUCCAUGUGGAAGAAACGAAGAAAAAGCUCAUUGCGACGAUCCUCAAGCGCCACGACCGCGUAAAAUGGACGGCCGAUCCUCAGCUCAAGACUCAAAACUGGGACUCGGGCACCUUCCGUCACCAGCCUCUCAUCAACGUUCGUACCAAGAAGGACCUGAUCGCAUAUCUGCAAAUUAAACCAGAUGCACAGGGUGUUGCUGUAAAGGAUUUGAAGGACGGCUGGCCAGACUGUGAAGAUGCUAUUGAUGAUUUGGAAGCCGAGAACAGGAUAUUAGUGACGAGGACAAAGAAGGAUAACCAUGCCCGCAUGGUGUGGAGCAAUGAUCCGUCUCUGGUCCAUAAAGUCGAUCCGGAAUUUCAAAUGAUGUGGCACAAAACAGAGCUGCCCACGGUUGACGAACUCGUCCGGAAGCUUAUGGAUGCUGGCCAAAAACCUGCGAGCGAGGAUCCUAGCAAGCGUGUGAAGGCAGCCCCCAAGCCAAAGGAGAAGAAAAAGAAAGCUCCCCGAAAGGGUGGCAAGUUCACAAACUCCCACAUGGCGCAUCUUCUCAUUGACUAUGACAAGCAAAGGAGAUGA